ACAUGGAGCUCCUCCGCUCCCGCACCACCGUCCCCUACAUCCGCAACUUCCCCGACGACCCCGACAACGCGCGCCUGAUCAUCCUGCCGGGCGAAGACUCGCCCUCGACGCCCAGCACGGCGCGCGGCCGCCCCGUCGGCCCCGCCUACUACGACAUCGAAGUCAAGCUCUCCUUCAUGGACACGCACGCCAUCGCCGCCUCGGUCAUCAGCCUCGCCAACCCCUGGCUCGACUUCCUCGCCCCCGCCGACGCCGUCCCCGCCGCCACGGCCAUCAACGCCGAGCUCGACGCCCUCUGCGCCCAGCACCCGGGCCGGCUCUUCGCAUUCGGCGCCCUGCCACUGAGCGCCUCUCCCCACGCCGUCGCCGACGAGGUCCAGCGCAUUGCGCAGCUGCCGCGCCUGCGCGGCGUCAUCAUGGGCACGGCGGGCCUGGGCCAGGGCCAAGGGCUCGACGACCCGGCCCUCGACCCCGUCUGGGCCGCCCUGCAGAAGGCCCGCCUCCCCGUCUUCCUGCACCCGCACUACGGCCUCCCGGCCGAGGUGUGGGGGCCCCGCGCCACCGACUAUGGCCACGUGCUCCCGCUGGCGCUGGGCUUCCCGCUCGAGACCACCAUAGCCGUCACGCGCAUGCUGCUGGCGGGCGUGUGGGACCGCUUCGAGGGCUUGAGCGUGCUGCUCGCGCAUUCGGGCGGCGCGCUGCCCUUCCUCGCCGGCCGCAUCGAGAGCUGCAUCGCGCACGACGAGUUUUUGUCGCGCGAGGGCCGCAGGAACAAGCGCAGCGUGUGGGACGUCCUGAGGACGAACGUGUUUCUGGACGCGGUUGUUUACUCGGACGUUGGGCUGGGGGCGGCCGUCGCGGUAAGCGGCGCUGAUAGGCUUAUGUUUGGAACGGACCACCCCUUCUUCCCGCCUCUAGGAAAAGAUGACGACGCCGACACUGACGCCGCGGACUCGCAGCAGUGGCAAAGCGUGCAAACGAACUACGCGGCCAUCAACGCCACGUUUGCGCACGACGAGGCUGGCAAGCAGGCCGUGCUGGGCGGAAACGCCAUUAGGGUUUUGGGGCUGGAGGGCGUGCCGGCGUAGGCGACUGGCUGGGUGGCUGGUUGUGGGCUGAGCCGUGUGGUGGCGCCGUUGGCCUGGCGUUUGAAGAGGAGGGCUGUUUCUGGGGACGGGAGCGCGCAGCGCGCCGCGACGUGACGGAUGCUGCGGCGACGGCCCGAGACAGGCACUGUGCCUAGGUACCUAGGUAGGUAGGUAUGGAUGGAUGGAUGUGGGCGCGCGAGGGAGCAAACGAAACGGACCCUUGAGCACCAGCCAACCAGCCAACCAGCCAGAAUCGAGAUCUGCAGUUGUUGUUGUGCUUUUUUGCCUGUCUGCCUGCCUGGGUUUGAGACGCGUGGAAGCCUACCUAGGUACCCUAGGUAGUAUGGAGGUUUGGUCUAGCC